AGUGACGGUCCGCCCUCGCCGCCGCCGCUCCUGAAGCUCUGGUGAAAAGGACUUUCGCUACUUAUUUUUCUCACCUCUCUAUCCGCCCGGCAACCCACGCCAUCACAUCGCAUCCGCAACACCUUGCUUCCAUCACCUCUCCACUCAUCAGUCCUCCUUAUACCCCUCCAUCCACUCAAUCCCACACACACACAACCGUCACCAUGUCGGACAAGAAGGGUGAUGUCAACCAAGCCGACAAGAGCUUCAUGGGCAUGCCCGGCUUCGUGGUCGACUUCUUGAUGGGUGGUGUCUCCGCCGCCGUCUCGAAGACCGCUGCCGCUCCCAUCGAGCGUGUCAAGCUCCUCAUCCAGAACCAGGAUGAGAUGAUGAAGGCUGGCCGUCUCGAGCGCCGCUACGAUGGUAUCAUGGAGUGCUUCCGCCGUACCGCCGGCGAGGAGGGUGUCAUGUCUCUGUGGCGUGGUAACACGGCCAACGUGCUCCGUUACUUCCCCACCCAGGCCCUCAACUUUGCCUUCCGUGAUACCUACAAGUCCAUGUUCGCGUUCAAGAAGGAGCGUGAUGGGUACUGGUGGUGGAUGGCUGGCAACCUUGCCUCCGGUGGUGCCGCUGGUGCCACGUCCCUUCUCUUCGUCUACUCCCUCGACUACGCCCGUACCCGUCUUGCCAACGAUGCGAAGAGCGCAAAGAAGGGUGGUGAGCGCCAGUUCAACGGUCUCGUCGACGUCUACAAGAAGACCCUCGCCUCCGAUGGUAUCGCCGGUCUCUACCGUGGUUUCAUGCCCUCCGUCACUGGUAUCAUCGUCUACCGCGGUCUGUACUUCGGUAUGUACGACUCGAUCAAGCCCGUCCUCCUCGUCGGCCCUCUUGAAGGAAACUUCCUCGCCUCCUUCUUGCUCGGAUGGACUGUCACGACCGGUGCCGGUAUUGCCUCUUACCCUCUCGAUACUGUCCGUCGUCGUAUGAUGAUGACUUCUGGUGAAGCCGUCAAGUACAAGUCGUCGAUCGAUGCCUUCCAGCAAAUCGUCAAGGCCGAGGGUGUCAAGUCGCUCUUCAAGGGUGCCGGUGCCAACAUCCUCCGUGGUGUUGCCGGUGCUGGUGUGCUCUCCAUCUACGACCAAGCCCAGCUCCUCAUGUUCGGCAAGAAGUUCAAGUAAACGACACGCACGAGCCGGGUCCUGUACGGGGGUGGAAAAGUUACAGGUUGAUGGUAGGGGGUGAAGAGAUUGGGGCUGGACAAGGCGGAUGCAUGGAGAGGUGGGAAGGGGGAGAGAGGUGGUCUGCUACUGUCUGAUCAGGCGGAAGUGGGCGGUGCAGGUGUAAGAGCGAAGGAUGGGAGACGUUGCCACGCGAUCGGCCUGUUUCCUUUCUCGGAGCGCUGCGGCAAAAUGUGGUUCUUUUCUUCCAUUCCUCACUCUGGCACUCGCGCACACCCUUCUGCCCGUGUACUACAUCGAAUGGGUGUCUUCGUAUAGUGGCGCAUAGAGUUCUUUUGUCAUAAGCAAUGAUUUGUGUCCUUUUCACAG